CAAUCAGCGCUUGUCGAGCCUUCACUUAGGUCCACUUCGGUGACUCCGUCUGACUUCGGUCAACUGGACGAACUGGACCGAACGGUGAAAAAACAAUACUCCGUGGGCAGCGGCCACUGAGGCAACUGAAAGAUAAUGUCACAUCAAACGGGAAUUAAAGCCAACGAUGCCUUGAAGAAGAUGUUCGCUAAAUGUCGAGAUGGGAAAAUAAGAGUACUCAAAGUUUCUAUAGAAAAUGAGGAACUAGUCCCCUCAUCUUCAGCAAAGCCUGCAAAUAAAUGGAAGGAUGAUUACGAUAAAAUGGUGAAACCAUUGAUCGUCGAAAAUCAACCUGCUUAUAUAUUGUAUCGACUUGACACAAAAUCGCCGGAUUCUGGUUACGAUUGGCUAUUAAUUUCUUGGUCCCCUGAUACUGCCCCCGUUAGGCAAAAGAUGUUAUAUGCCUCGACAAAAGCUACGCUUAAACAGGAGUUCGGUACUGCAUCUAUAAAAGAGGAAUUACAUGGCACCGUUCCAGAGGAUAUUACUCUGGAUGGAUAUUUUAAGCAUAAAAGAAACGAUGCAGCACCUGUACCAUUGACGACGGCCGAAGAAGAGCUAGCCGAGCUGAGAAAAACUACAAUUAACACUGAUUAUAGCGUAGAGACGAGACAUCAAACAUUAAGUGGCGUUGCAUUUCCUGUAACAGAUGAAGCAAAGCAAGCGAUAUCGGAGCUUGGUAAAGGAGUGUACGAAUAUGUUCAACUUAAAAUCGAUUUAGAAGAGGAAAAAAUACAUUUGGUGAUGGCAUGUGACAUUUCCUUAGAUAAAUUACCAACUAAGGUACCCUCGGAUUCAGCAAGAUAUCAUCUUUAUAAUUUUAAACAUACUCAUGAAGGAGAUUACACAGAAAGCAUAGUUUUCAUAUACAGUAUGCCGGGAUAUAGCUGCAGCAUCAAAGAAAGAAUGCUGUAUUCCUCCUGUAAAGCACCUCUACUCAAUCUCAUUCAAUCACUAGGAGUAAACAUAGUCAAAAAGUUGGAAGUAAAUAGCGGAGAGGAGUUAGCAGAUAUGUUGGAAGAUCCUCCCAUCAUAAAAGAUAUGGCUGCUACGACACCUGUGACUCCAUCAACGCCCUCUGCUCCCACACAAACUAUUCCUGAGAAAAAAUUCAAGCAGAAGCGAUCGUGUGUUUUGAGUUAACCAGAUGUCUUGUCCUCGAUAACUUCACCAUUUUUUGGUCCAAUCGUUACACAGCUGAUAAAUGUCAAGUAUCUUCCAUCAUGAAUUUUACCUUUGUGAUAGUAUGGAUCACAGUUUGCUCCAGAGGGAUACAAAAGUGAUUUCCCUCGACCUUUUAUAUUUCUGUAUUAGGCGGUACCGUUGUAAAUGUUCUGGAUCGUUUGUAGAGUAACUUUAGGUUGACCAAAUCACAUAAACAAAGCCAUUAGCGACGGUCAUGAAGUUCUGGUGUUAACCGAUCAAAGUGAUACGUAUAAAGUCUAUGUAGUGGAAGAGAGUAGACCGUACGGUGUAUUUUUCUAAAUUUUAACUAAAAAUGAUUAAGUCACAAUGGCGAUAACUUUUCAGUAGUGAAACAAAUUUCGUAAUAGCUUUCAUACGUAUAUGGGCAUCUAGUUGGGGCAUUUACUUUUCCUUUAUUAUGAGAUUCGGUGAAUUAUUUCACCAAAUGACCACAUGUCUGAAACUGUUUAUUAGUUAAGCUUUCUAUGCUAGAUUUUGAUUUUUGUUUAUGACGUAAGAAUCGGAGUCGGAGUUACUAUUUCUUGCCAGCUUGAGUAUUUAUACUUUCUUUGCUGAUAUAUUCGUUUAUGCAGUUCUACUAAUUGCUUUUGUUCAAUGGAAAAUGUGAUCGAGCAGUACUUGCUCUCAUUCCUUAUAUUUUAUAUACAAUUAAUUUUAUUAACUUCGAAAGCCAGAUUAUGUACUACUGUGCACAAUUAUUUUACGAGUAAAGUUUUCAUAUCGUGUUGAGUAGAAGAAAACGAAGAUAAAAAAUUGUUCGUGUUGCUGUUCUUACUGGUGCACCAGAAUCUGCAGAGGAAUCAUUAUUUAUCUGCUUCCUUGUGUUAUCGUGAAGGAUUCUGAUCAUGGCCUUGACUUAAGGAAACUGUUCAAAUAUGUGAAAAGCUCCGAUCCACGGUAACAUGCAGCAAAUGCCUAUCGUACACUCAGAGGCAACGUAAACCAUAAGCAUAUAGUGAUCUGUUAGCGGGCAUCUUUAUGGUAUCGGGAUGACUACUUUUGCCAAGUGAACGUAGAUAUUCAACGUAAUAUGUCUCAAAUUAGUUCCUAGUCUCAUGAAAAGUGAUACGUACAAGAAUAAGUUUGUCUAAUUAAUGUCUCUUUAAGUAACAAGCGCGAGGGCUUAACUUUUGAAACUCGUUUAGACAUUUGUUAAGGGUCUUAGCGAUGUAAUUGGGGGGAAGUCCUUUCUACAAAUCGAGUAUUUUUGGCAUCUGCGAUGCCUUCAUGUGAUUAUUAGGAAGUUAGGUAGAAAUUCAUGUGCUAAUGUAGCCUAAAUCCGCUAACCUAACUUCUCUAUACGUAUUCCGGUAUGUUAAACGUAGUCGUUGGGGGUUAUCGAUGUGUGUAUACGUUUAACGUUAUACACUUUCGAUUGCUGCAGGUGUACCUCCGUUGCACAAUGUCAUUCCAAUUGCGAUCUAGUGGUAACAACUAUUAUCUAAUACAUAUUAACAUAUACAUAUUAAAAUAUUAUAUUAUACUCUAUGCUAUUAAGAGUGGUACAACACUACGUGUUGGAUAUAUGUGUAUGACGUAAGACUGAUUAGGCGAAAGUCCCAUUCGCUUAUGCAUUCUGAUUCAAAAUCUUUCGAUAUGUCCACUUCAUGUGAUUAUGUUCCAGUGUCGUUUUUAAUCGUCAGUUUAUAAUAACCAUUCGAGGCAAUUGAAAUUUGAUAAAUUUCAGCAUUUCUGCAAUCUACCGAAUGUGAAAUUAACGAUAGAAUGUUCAGUCCUAACCUAAAUGAAAUCGAUGAUCAGCUUUUAUUGAACAUCUGGUAUGAGUAAUUGUAAUUUGUUAGUGGUUUUAUUUAUUAUGACAAAUGUGUUUCUUUUUAUAUCUUAUGACCGAUUCAACAUUUGAAUGACUGAAAAUAACUUGGGAGGAAAAAGGAAAAAUUUGAAAAUUAAUUUUCUAUGUGCAAUUUAACGUAUGUAUAAUGGAUGGGGCUAUUAGCCAAGUAGCCAGCAACAAGAUGACGAUAUUUGAGAGGUAUUCUAUUUUUUGUGAUGUGUAUUUUUUUAAAAUCUUGUAGCUUUUUAUAAAUCUUUAAAGAAAUUUAUGUCCCUCUAUCUUCCAGCAAUUGACGCUCAAAAACUUUCAACUUAAAUCUAGGGAGAACAAAGGUUUAAAGAGUCGUAUUCUUGCCCGCGGUAUUCUUGAAAAUAAUAAAAAAAAAAAUAAAAAAAAAUAAAAGUAAAGAUUCCGCGGUACACGAAGCUUUCCGAAAAUAUCAGACUUUUGAUAUUUUCGAAUAAAAAUAGAUCACUAUGAUCAGUCUGGCUAGUGGUUAAUGUUCGAUACUUCGAUGUUGAUCCACGAACGAAUAAUCGUUAAUCUUCCUCGUGGAAAUAUAUCAAGUUCACCCGAUCUAGACCUUUGUCACCCCUUUGAAAAGUGCUGUUCACAGGCCUAAGUUUCUCCUUCCGGUCUUGCUCAGAGAUUGCAACAGUUGCGUUCGAAUCUUUAAGACAACGCACAUCGUUAUAUCGUUAGCCUGGACAUGACUUUCAGCCUAACGAGUGACUGCUACUCCAGGCCUAUUCUGUAAGUUUUGUGCGAUAUUAGUCAUUUAUAAAGAAGGUAUUGUUAUUGUCAUAGGCUCAUUGGUUCAAACAAAUGAAUUAUAUAUCUUGCCAAUAUUAAGUAUGCUAUAAACAAUAAACCAUUAUUAAGAUUGAAA